CCUUGUAGUGCACCAAUGACUCCAAAUUUACAACUGUUAGCAGGGGAUAGUGAGUUGUUUGAAGAUCCAGAGAGAUACAGGAGAUUGGUAGGAAAAUUGAACUACCUUACUGUCACUCGUCCUGACAUUGCUUAUGCUGUUAGUGUGGUAAGUCAGUUUAUGUCUUCCCCAACUGUUGCUCAUUGGGAAGCCUUGGGACAAAUCUUGUGCUAUCUGAAGGGAGCUCCAGGAAGAGGUUUGUUAUAUGGUAAUCAUGGGCAUUUGAAUGUUGAAUGUUUUUCAGAUGCCGACUGGGCUGGAUCAAAGGAUGAUAGGAGGUCAACUACUGGAUAUUGCGUUUUUGUUGGAGGAAAUUUGGUGUCUUGGAAAAGCAAGAAGCAAAGUGUAGUUUCUCGAUCUAGUACUGAAUCCGAAUACAGAGCCAUGGCACAAUCAGUAUGUGAGGUAAUGUGGAUAUUUCAAUUACUAAAUGAGAUAGGUUUUAAGACCCCCCAGCCUGCGAAAUUGUGGAGUCUAACAUCUCGUGCUCACAAGCUGCUACUGCUUGCCAGUUAUUGCAUAUCAAAAGAAAUGUGA